AUGGGGACAGUACUGUUUUUUUCACUGCUGUUUAAGAUUCAUUUGGUGGGACAUUCGUCAUCAAGGUUAAAGAUUCAAAUUCUAGUGAAGCAAUCAAGCGCACAAAUUAAGAUGGAGAAAGGAACUGUUUGUGUAACUGGAGGUGCGGGGUACCUAGCUUCAUGGAUGAUCAAGACAUUGCUUGAAGAUGGAUAUUCUGUUAAUGCCACAUGGAGAUCUGAUCCAGGCUCAAUGGAAGAUGUUAGUGGCAUCAUGGCCCUACCAGGGGCAUCAAAGAGGCUCAAAAUUUUCGAGGCGGAUCUGAGCAAACCAGAGACAUUUGAGGCACCAAUCAAAGGUUGCAUUGGGGUGUUUCAUGUUGCACAUCCGAUUGAUGUUCAGGGAAAAGAAUCCGAACACGUGCUAACUGAAAGAGCAAUGAAGGGUAGUUUGGGUAUUCUACAAGCAUGCAUCGACUCAAAAACAGUAAAGAAACUUAUAUACACAUCUAGUGCAUCUACCGUUGUGUUUAAUGAGAAACGAUUGAUCAAUGAGAUCUUAGAUGAGGAAUCAUGGAGUGAUGUUGAUUUAAUUCGCUCUAAUGAUAAGCAACAUGGAUCUUCAUAUUUCAUUUCCAAGAUAUUGACUGAAAAAACGAUCUUAGAGUUUGCUGAGAAAAAAGGUUUCGAUGUUGUCACUGUCCUUCCGACGUCUCUUCAUGGUCCAUUUGUUGGCCCGGAUUGCCCACGCUCCGUGCGUGGGUCAAUGGCUUUGAUCUUCGGUGACGUUGACAAGGGUCGGAUGUUUGUGAAAACGCCUUUUGUGCAUGUUGAUGAUGUUGCUAGGGCACACAUUCAUCUUUUUGAGCAUCCGAAUGCGAAAGGGAGGUAUAUUUGUUCGAAAAUCACAGUCACUGUCGAUGAGUUAUACAAACUAUUAUCAGAAAAAUAUCCAGAAUAUAAAUUGCCAAUUAUCGAUUUUUUGAAGGCCGCCGAAAAAGUGAACAUGCCUGAAGUCUCAUCAAGAAAACUCUUGGGCACCGGAUUCGAGUUCAAGUAUGGAAUUGAAGAAAUGUUUGAUGAUGCCAUUGAUUCCUGCAGAAGACACAAUAUUUUAUGA